UGCUGUCCUGUGAUUUAAAAUAAGCCCAAACUCAGAAGCUUAUACAGUACAAUUUAUAUGCAGCAUUCUUUCACCGUAUUCUUUGUUUAACCCGAACCCGAGUCCGCAUUCCACUGGCAGCAGAAAUAGCCCUUAGCGUCCAAUGGUGUCGGAAAUGGAAUUGUUGGCCGGGGAAGCUCAACUACCACCCACCUUCUUUUCCUUGUCCAACAAACCAUUUUAAUGUAACAAUGAAUUCACCAUUUCUCCCCUGCAGUAGUCUUCCCCUCCCAUCUCCCAUCACCCAUCACCCCCCCUCUCCGUGCAUCCUUAAUUACCAUUCAAGUCUGCUUAAUUAAUACCUCCCAUCUCCUUGCUCCCAUUAUAUAACUAAUCCUCCCCUGUCACGCACGCAGCUCUUCGCCUUGCAAAAUGUCUAAGCCACGUCCCAAACAGGGAUUGAUGCUGCGGGCAAGUUUGAAGAAUCGCGCUGCGAUGGCGGGGCGGUUGGUUAACGAGGUUGUCAGCUUCGUGGUCUUCACCGUCCUGGAUCUGCUCGACGUCGUGCUCUGUUUGGCGUACAAGCUUCUCGACUAUGCUUUUGAGGCGGAGUGGAAGCCGUGCUAUUGCUCCUCUUCGGCGCGCGAAAUGAUAACGAGCAGCGGCAAGAUACUCGUCUCGGAGAGAGGCGGCGGGUCUAAAGUCGUGUGCUUGUGCUCCAGCAAGAUCCAUCUUGAGGAUAUAUCUGAUACUCUGUAUUCCCGUCCCCCGCUUCUGUCCGAGCUCUCGCGGUCCACCAUGACGGAGCUUCGACGGUUGGGCUCAACGCGCUCGCACGCUGCGUCUGUCACCACAUUUACGAUCAACUCCACCAUUGUGGAGAUGCUGGAGGGGAAGAUUGGCGGCCGGAAGUCUGACCCUGUUCCUCGCUGGUCGGACUGCGCUUGCAAGCGGUGUACGGGCUGGUGCUCGCCCUCCGCUUCCGGCGACUUAUAUGUACACGCGCAGUAUCCGCCAGAUGGAGCGGUCGCGGCGGAGGACGUGUUGUUCAUCCACGGCUUCAUAUCAUCGUCAGCCUUUUGGACGGAGACUGUCUUUCCCAAUUUCUCGGAGGCGGCUAAGUCCAGAUACAGGUUUUUCGCUGUUGACUUGCUGGGCUUCGGCAGGAGCCCGAAGCCGGCGGAUUCGCUGUACACUCUGCGGGAGCACGUGGACAUGAUCGAGCGCUCGGUGCUGAAGCGCUACCGGGUGCAGUCCUUACACAUUGUGGCUCACUCUCUCGGCUGUAUUCUCGCGCUGGCCCUCGCCGUUAAGUACCCCGACGCCAUUAAAUCACUCACUCUCCUCGCCCCGCCGUACUUUCCGGUGCCGAAAGGGGUGCAGGGAACGCAAUACGUGCUGAGAAGGGUGGCGCCGCGGCGGGUGUGGCCGCUGAUAGCGCUGGGAGCGUCGGUGGCGUGCUGGUACGAACAUAUUAGCCGCACUGUGAGCUUACUCAUGUGCAGGCACCACCGUUUCUGGGAAUUCCUCUUUCGGCUCCUCACCUUUAACAGGAUAAGGACAUUUCUGAUGGAGGGGUUCUUCUGCCACACGCACAACGCUGCAUGGCACACCCUUCACAACAUCAUCUGCGGAAGCGCGGGGAAGAUAGAAGGCUACCUAGACACGGUGAGGGAGAAGAUGCGCACGUGCGAGGUGACGAUUCUCCAUGGCAGUGACGACGAUGUCCUCCCCGUGAGCUGCAGCUCCGCCGUGAAGUCCAGAGUCCCACGUGCCAACCUCCGCCUCAUCAACGGCAAGGAUCACAUCACCAUCGUCAUCGGACGCCAGAAGGCCUUCACCAGAGAGCUCGAGCAGAUCUGGGCCGCUGCGAAUCUCAAAGCAAACUUCACCCGUCGAACCCUGAUGGAAACGAAAAGGCAGAAAGCAGAGGGUGGGAGGGGAGAUUUGUGAACAGAUUGCAGAUGGGAUUUUCCUUUUUUUUUUUUUAAUGUUCGGAAAUUAUU